AUGAGCAAGGCCCUGCUUGCCUUUGUGUGGAUUGCCGGCCCGUUGACAGGAGCCCUGGUGCAGCCGUAUAUUGGCAUCUGCAGUGAUAACUGUCGCGUAUCGUGGGGCAAAAGGAAGCCGUUCAUGAUUGUGGGCGGGGCGGGGACUGUCGUCGCGCUGCUUGCCCUCGCCUGGGUCAAGGAGAUAGUUGCAGGUUUCCUGGGGAUUUUUAGUGUUGAUUCGACUUCGGCCGGUACCAGGACGGCCGUCAUCGUCCUGGCGACGAUUUUCAUGUACUGUUUGGAUUUUGCGAUUAAUACCGUUCAGGCAGGUAUUCGAUGUUUCAUUGUGGACAAUGCCCCUACGCAUCAGCAGGAAUCGGCAAAUGCUUGGGCGAGUCGUCUUACCGGGGUGGGCAAUAUCCUUGGAUACAUUUUUGGAUACGUGGACCUGCCACGGUAUAUUCCCUUCCUUGGAAACACUCAGUUCCAGGUGCUGUGCGCGCUGGCGUCAAUUUUGCUUUGCAGCACGUUGCUGGUCAGUUGCUCGUACAUCCAGGAACGAGACCCCCGGCUGGAGGGGUCCUCUUCGUCCAGCAACCCUGGUAUCACGACCUUCUUCAGACAGGUUUUCAAAUCGAUUAAGAACCUACCGCCUCAGAUCGCCAAAGUCUGCGAGGUUCAGGUCGCCGCGUGGGUGGGCUGGUUCCCUUUCCUUUUCUACUCCACCACCUACAUUGGACAGCUUUACGUCAAUCCUCUCUUCGAGGAACAUCCGAACCUGCCCGAUAAGCAGAUUGAUGACGCCUGGGAAGAGGCUACGAGGAUAGGAACCUUUGCGCUGCUGGUCUACGCAAUUAUCUCCUUCGCUGCGAAUCUUACGCUCCCUAUCUUCGUCGUUCCGACUUACCGACCCGUGGAUACGAACAGCUCGGGGAGGAUACCUGUCGAUAGUAAUGCCGAGCAGGAAUCGUUCCUGGAGACGAGGAGGAUGUCAAUCUCGAGCUUGCCGGUCGGGACCACAUCCGAGCCAGCACCGAACAUGCCCCAGGACAAAGACGGGGGUUCCCAGGGCAGCGCCGCUAAGUGGGGAUCGAAGCUACAGAUUCCAGGGUUUACUCUUCGCCGGGCGUGGCUGCUUUCCCAUGUUCUUUUCACGCUUUGCAUGUUCAGCACCUUCUUCAUCUACAGCUACCAGGCGGCGACCGUGGUCAUUGGUCUCGUGGGGAUAUCCUGGGCGAUGACGCUCUGGGCCCCCUUCGCGCUGAUCUCGGCGGAGGUUGCGCGGGUGGACGCAGAACGUCGAGUCCGACGCAACCAGGCCGAGAUGCACCAAUCCGACGAUCUGCAGCAUAGGGUCCAGGACGGCCAGCGAGGGCGGGAUCCGAACAGUGACGACCUCGAGCACGGGUCGUCGACUGCCAAGGCGACCGACGACGACGACGAGAAUCUGGCGCAAGCGGGAAUCAUCCUGGGGCUCCACAACGUGGCGGUGUCAUCUCCUCAGAUCGUGUCCAGCUUGAUCUGUAGUGCGAUCUUCAAGGUCUUUCAGAAGCCUCGCGGAAGAGUCGCCGAAUAUGAAUCUGACCCCGACGAUGAUGCUCCCGAAGCGGGCACCAAGGAGUUCUUCAGCUCCUGGGCGCUGUUCAUUCUGAUCAUGCUGUUGAUAUUCGCGCUCUUUACGAGUUACAUCUUGCAGCAGAAGAAGAUCCAAGCGGUUCAUGAAACAGUUUUGUCUAUCUUUGCGGGGAUGUUUGUCGGCUUGAUUAUACGCUUGAGCCCCGAGUCGCCCAUUCAGGAUAGCGUCACCUUCGAUUAUCAAUUCUUCUUCAACCUGCUUCUUCCUCCGAUUAUUUUGGCGUCUGGGUACGAAUUACACCAAGCGAACUUCUUCCGCAAUAUCGGGACGAUCUUGACGUUUGCGUUUGCGGGGACAUUCAUAUCUGCGAUUGUGUUGGGAUCGGUUCUGUACGUCUGGACGCGGAUCCCGUUGGAUGGCCUGAAUAUUACCUUUGUCGAGGCGAUCUCGGUGGGCGCGACGCUGUCUGCGACAGACCCGGUGACGAUCCUGGCUAUCUUCAACCUGUACAAGGUCGAGCCGAAGCUCUACACGGUUAUCUUCGGCGAGUCGAUCCUGAACGAUGCGAUUGCUAUUGUGCUGUUCGAGACGGCCCAGAAGUAUGCGGAGAACGAUGCGGAAUCGUUGACUUUCCUCCACUUCUUCGAGGCUAUCGGUCUGUUCUUGAUCGUCUUCUUUGGCAGUAUGCUGGUCGGUAUCAUCGUGGGGAUAAUAACCGCCCUGGGGCUUAAGUACACGCAUGUGCGCCGCCAGCCCAAGAUCGAGAGCUGUCUGAUCAUCCUCGUCGCUUACGCGAGUUACUUUUUUUCCAACGGCGUGUAUCUUUCCGGGAUCGUCUCGCUCCUGUUCUGUGGGAUCACAUUGAAACAUUAUGCAUACUACAACAUGUCCCGACGGACGCAGUUGACCACGAAGUAUCUGUUCCAGGUGAUGGCCCAGCUGUCGGAGAAUUUCAUCUUCAUCUACCUCGGUUUGGAUCUGCUGGUUCAGCGACACCUGCAGUUUAAGCCGUUGUUCAUCAUGGUGUCGAUCUUCGGCAUCUGUCUUGCUCGCUAUCUCGCCGUGUUUCCUUUGUCCAAGGCGAUUAACUGGUUCAUCCGAUACCGGGCGCGUCGGCGCGGACAGGAGGUGGCGGACGAACUGCCCUUUGCCUACCAGGCGAUGCUCUUCUGGGCGGGGCUGCGUGGUGCAGUCGGUGUCGCACUGGCGGCAGGCCUUAAAGGGGUCAACGCACCCGCUCUCCGGGCCACCGUCCUGGUGGUGGUCGUGCUCACCGUCAUCAUCUUCGGAGGGACGACCGCACGCAUGCUGGAGAUCCUCGGCAUCCGCACGGGGGUGGUGGAGGAGCUGGAGUCGGAUGACGAGUUCGAUAUCGAAGUGACCCAUGGGGGCACAUACUACAAGCGCUCGGAUACGGCACUGGGGUACACCCCUCGCCGCAUGGACUCGACCAUCCCCUUGGACGGACUAUUCGAGCGGCAACAACCGCCGGCCGAGUCCCCGCGGGCGUCGUCAUCCGGCCGGAGUCGCGGACACUCGCGUCUCUAUUCGAAUGCAUAUAACCCCCGGGAUGCGCAAACCCCGCGCGACCGAUCCUCGACGGCCACUCUUCUCGGGGGUGCCGGCCCGCACGACGACAGCAGUGUAGCCAGCGAGGACGAGUUCGGCCUGCGGUCGAGCGGCAAGGGCCGACUAUCGGACCCGGACCACCCGGACGCGUUCGAGAUCGACGUGGACGACAACGACGACGAGGACUUGCCACCCACCGCCCCGUCAGUCUCGCGACUGCGACGGUCGCCCUCGCAGCCGAUGCCAUCCAGCGGCCCGCAUACGGCAGACUCAGCCAGUAUGUCCCCACUGCGGCGCGAAGCAGCGUCGGGGUUGAGCGCCCGGGACGCAAUCCGCGAUUUGUUCUCCGGCGGGCCGUCCGGAGACCACGGGGCGUGGUUCAGGCAGCUGGAUGAGGAUUAUAUUAAGCCGCGGCUGCUGCUGGACCAGUCGAAUCAUAAGGGACCGGGACCGGGGGCGGUUUAA